AUGCCUUCUUUCAUGAAUAGUCAUGAAGGCAACGGCACGCAAGACCCUGGUGAUCUCAAUGCUGCCGAGGCAGAGCCAAUGGCCAUCAUCGGACUGGCAAUCCGUGCCGCUGAUGAGGCCACAGAAGCCGAACCAUUCUGGGAUUUCCUGCUGAGAGCGCGACAGUCCACUCGGCCAAUCCCAGAGGAUAGACUUAGCUCCAAGGCAUUCUAUCACCCAGACCCAGAUCAUGGGGGAACGUUCUAUGCCAAAGGUGCUUCCCUUCUCGGAGAGAGUCCCAAUGGCUUUGAUUCCGCAUUCUUCAAGAUGAGCAAAACAGAAGUGCAAAGUCUUGAUCCUCAACAGCGGAUUUUGAUGGAAAAUGUAUAUCAUGCACUGGAAAAUGCCGGUCUUCCGAUGGAAGAAGUAAUCUCCUCGAACACUUCUGUCUUUGUCAGUGGCUUCAACCGGCAUCACGCAGAUCGCAUCAACAGUGACUUAGAGCUUUCAUUUAAGCACAAGCCUACCGGUGCUGAAAAUUCGAUGAUUUCGGGGAGAGUGAGCUGGUUCUAUGAUUUGCAAGGAGCCAGUCUUACUGUCGAUACUGCUUGUUCGAGCAGUCUCGUUGCUCUUCAUUUAGCGAGACAAAAUCUUGCCGCAAGAGAAAGCAAAAUGGCCAUUGUCAGCGGCGUGAGCGUAAUGGGGUAUCUUCCUCAUUUGAUGUCUAUGACAUACUCAGGCCUUUUUGGCGCAGAGGGAAAGUCAAUGGCAUUUGAUCAGCGCGCUGAUGGAUACGGAUUCGGAGAAGGCGUCGGAACUGUCAUCCUCAAGCCCGUUUCUGCUGCUGUUCGUGACGGCGACACUAUCAGAGCGGUCAUCCGCAGCACUGGCAUCAAUCAUGAUGGCCACACUCCUGGCCUCACAUUUCCCAGUUCAACAGCACAGGAGUCAUUAAUUCGCAAAACUUACAAGUCGGCCGGGCUGGACCUGAAAGAUACGACAUAUGCAGAGAGCCACGGAACGGGGACACAAGCAGGCGACUUGAUCGAAUGUACAGCCAUUGCGGCUGCAUUCGAUACAAAAAACCGAGAUUCACCAUUUUACAUUGGCGCCCUGAAGCCCAAUGUCGGUCAUCUUGAGGGAGCGGCUGGUAUUGCCGGUGUCAUCAAGUCAGUUCUACUUUUGGAAUCUGGUGUCAUACCGCCAAAUGCGACUUUGAAAGAUGUCAAUCCGAAGAUCCCUGAGGCCUGGAAUGUUCACUUCCCCACAACAUGCAUAUCCUGGCCUACCUCUGGUGUGCGAAGAUCUUCCAUAAGUGCGUACGGAAUCAGUGGAACGAACGCACAUUGCAUUCUGGACGACGCAUUUCAUUUCCUCAAGGAACGUGAUAUAUCUGCCCCUCAUAGGACCCGACAAGCCGUUCCCACCCAACAAGAGAUUGAACUUCUUGUUGCACAAAUUUCUCAAAAAUACAAGGCCAGAGCUGGAAGUCACAAUCAACAAAAGUCUUUGACAAAUGGCCACGAUGCUACCACGAAUGGCAUAAACGGCACAAAUGGCAUCAAUGGCACAAAUGGCAUCAACGGCACGAAUGGCAUCAAUGGCACGAAUGGCAUCAAUGGCACAAAUGGCAUCAAUGGCACGAAUGGCAUCAAUGGCACAAAUGGCACAAAUGGCGUCAACGGCACCAAUGGUAUCAAGGGCACGAAUGGCAUCAACGGCACGAAUGGCCUUAACGGCGCAAAUGGCAUCAACGACAAAAACGGUACCCACGGAGCCAGCGGCCCAAACGGUGUCAACGGUGUCAAACAUGAAAAUCAAAGCUCCAAUGAUCUGGUUCUUCAAAACUGCCAGGUCCCGAAAAUCUUACUUCUCUCAGCCUUUGACGAGAUGACACUGAAGAAAGUGGUAGCAGGCGUCAGAGAGCAUGUUGCAGGCUGGCCUCUACGAUCUGACGAUCUCGCUACCCAAGCAUUGGAUGACCUCGCCUUCACUCUUUCCGAAAGAAGAUCUCGACUCCCCUGGAAGAGUUAUGGAUUGUGCGGGUCCGUCCAAGAAGUCCAAGACAAGUUUUCUCAAUUUCCAUCAAAACCGAUCAAGUCCCGGACGUCCUUGAGGAUAGGAUUCGUUCUCACUGGGCAGGGUGCCCAGUAUGCAAAGAUGGGAGAGCAGUUACUUGUCUAUCCGGUCUUCAGACAGUCAAUGGAAGCGGCAGAGGCAUAUUUCCGAUCUCUAGGGAGUGAUUGGUCACUAAUCGAAGAGCUCGGUCGCGAUGCCAAGGACUCGCGGGUAUCAACAUCCGCUUUGGCGCACCCUAUGUCUUGCGCGGUCCAAAUCGCAUUGAUCGACCUUUUCAUCAGUUGGAACCUGAUCCCUCAUCGAGUCACGGGUCAUUCAUCCGGAGAGAUUGGGGCUGCUUACUGCGCCGGCAAGAUUUCACGAGAAGCAGCAUGGAAAGUGAGUUACUACCGGGGUUCUGUCCAUCUCCGGGGUAAAUCACAUGCUGUUGGGGGCAUGAUUGCAGUUGGACUUGAGGAAGAGCCUUUGCUUCUUCUUCUCAAGAAAGUCCAUGCAAAGCUGCCCGGGGGGACCUUGUCGAUCGCAUGCUUUAACAGUCCCCGUAAUCACACAGUCUCCGGUGACGAUGCGAUGGUUGUUGCUUUGAAAGAGCUUCUCGAUGAGCAGGGAAUCUUUGCCCGAAAGCUGAAGGUGGGCCAUGCUGCUCACUCUGCCCAUAUGGAGGCUCUCUCUGAAGACUAUGAAGCUUUAAUGGGGAUCUUACCAUCAAAACGACUAUUGCGCUUUGGCCAUACCAUACACAUGUUUUCUACUCUCACCGGCCGCUUACUUGACGCUACCUGUGUGCCCGAGAAGGGGUCUCACUGGUGUGACAGUAUUGUUGGCCCUGUGCGAUUUACAGAAGCCCUCAAGUCCAUGUGCUUUGAUGCCAUCGAAGGAGAUGGCGUCUCAGCGCGUGGCACAUGUGUUGACGUGAUCUUAGAAGUGGGACCUCACCCCGCCAUGCAAAGUGCAGCAAAGGAUAUUAUCGGUUCAUCUGUCGAGAUACCAUACUUUGCCACUCUCACUCGAAAGGAUACAGGGCUGAACACUCUGCUUCACACGAUAGGACAGCUGGCCGCCCUUGGUGCCGAUGUUGACUUGGACAAGGUUAACCGAGCAGUCAAUCCCCUCAUUACUCCCACUAUGAUUGUCAACUUGCCGAGCUACCCGUUCAACCACGAAGAACAAGGGCUCUACGAGAGUCGCCUGAUCAAAAACACGCGUCUUCGCAAGUUCCCUCGACAUGACUUGUUUGGAGCCCCCGUUGCCGACUGGAAUCCCAAUAGUCCACGUUGGCGACACUUCCUUCGUGUUUCUGAGAACCCGUGGCUCAAGGAGCAUGUGGUUGGCGCCGAUUACGUAUUUCCGGGCGCUGGCUACAUCGUGAUGGCAUUGGAGGCCAUGAAACAGAUCGCUGACCCUGCCGAGCUGAUUGGUAUAAAUCUGCAAGACGUCGUCUUCAAGUCGAUGUUGGUUGUUCCAGACACAACGCAAGGCAUAGAAGUAUGCCUUUCGUUCUAUCCAGAGGCGGACUCCAAAACCACCAUUUCAAAUUCAUGGAAGAGAUUCGAGGUUGCCUCUUAUGAUCCAACUACCGAAGAAUGGGUCGAGCAUUGCACCGGUAAAAUAUCACCGGACUACAAGUACCCCGUCAAUCCCAUUGAUACUUCUCGCCAAGAGGCUAUCGAGAAAGCAAAGUGGUUGGAAUUCGUGGAAGCCAGGGAGGGCGACUGCAAGGAUCCGAUUGAUUUUGCUCCGCUUUAUGCGCAUCUCCGUGAUAUCGAUAUCGAUCACGGCGAAUCCUUCCGCAACAUGUUCAACUCCGCAAUCAGUGGCCGCGACAGUGGUUUGAUGACGGGUGAUAUCGUCGUCCCUGAGAUCAAGCGAUGGAUGCCAAAGCAGUAUGCACACGACCAUCUCAUUCAUCCGACCACUCUCGACAACGCGUUCCAAGCAGCGUUCGCGGCCAUCUUUGAUCUAAAGGGUAAGAAAAUGUUGAGCCGCGGCUGCAUUCCAAGCUCGGUUCGAGAAAUGUGGCUUUCGACAACGGAUCUAUCAUCCAAGGCCAAUAACACGCUGCGCUGCACAUGUGAGGCUUCUCCUGGCCUUCAUGAUAGCUUCGAAAUUGAUAUCCAUUCGUGGGAUCCUUCAAAUGUCAGCGCGAAGCUGUUUUCGUUGGUCGGGGCCAAAAUGGCGCCAUUCAAGCCAGAAAGAAGUGAUGAAAACCUGAGUGACGAGAAGGCUUCCUAUUCCAUCGAUUGGCACCCUGACUUGGACUUGUUCACCACCGAUGACCUGCGGAAGCUCGUGCCAAAUUCCCCGAACUCUACCGUUAGCUAUCAGGCUCAGUUGGAAUUGUUUAGUAAGCUCCAACUAGCCUCGACUCUGUUGGCGACGGAUGGUCUCCUGGCUGUUCGAGGUCUCGAUGAUUCCGCGUUGGAAUCUCACCACAAAAAGUAUCAACAUCUACUACGGGGCAUUGCCGCAAACAUUUUGAUUGAUUCGGUUCCAUAUGUGCCAUUGGAGAAAUGGUUGAACUAUUCUCGCAAUCCUGGCCUGAAAAAGCAGCUUUAUCGCGAGGUUGAGGCCCAAACCCUUGAUGGGCAGUUGCUAAUCAGAAUGGGUUCCCAAAUAUCGGCCAUCUUGAAGAAGGAUGUCACGCCUGAACAUCUUCUGUUUGGAAUGGAUAAUCUCUUUUAUGAUUGGGAUGAAACCAACCUGUUGCGAGGUAACAUUUCAUCUGUACUUGACCAGUAUCUCAACAUCCUGCGCCGCAGCUAUCGCAGCUUGCGCAUCCUCGACGUUUCGGGUCGUACAGGACAUAUGGCUGAACAUGUCCUCAAGACUUUCUGUAAAGGAAACGACCCAUUGCGCAUCGAGAAAUACGUUAUUGGUUCCGUGUUCAGUGGUGCCUCUACACCACCGAAAGAACGCCUUGCUGCAUGGAAGAGCAUCGUGACAUACAGAGCACUUGACUUGGGAACCGACCCCGUUGAGCAAGGCUUCGAACCGGACUCUUUUGACUUCAUCAUUGCCAACAACUUUGUUCACACAGAACCAAACAUGAAGGAAAUCUUCCAACGAUUAAACUCCUUGAUAGCUCCAGGAGGGCGAUUGCUUGUCUUCGAUGAGACACGACCGGAGUCACUUCACUCUAACGUUUCUUUCGGCAGCUUGGCUGUUUGGUGGCAGGCAACUGAGGCCUUCCGAAGAAAUGGACCCUUUGCCUCAAAGGGCGAAUACGACAGGCUUCUGCGAGAGACUGGGUUCUCAGGAAUCGAUUUCGAGGCUUCAAGCUCUGCCUAUACAGAGUUUGCUGACUACACCAUGAUGGCAUCCACCGCAAUCAAGCAGCCGUCGCAAACCGCUGCCCCAGUUUUGGAAGUUCUCCUCAUCCUUCAAUCCGAGUCAGAGAUAUCUCGCUUGUUCACGAAGCGGCUGAUGAAUGCAGGUAUCAAGUAUUCAGUCUGCCAACUCAAUGAGCUUGACACGGGGAGCCUUGCGGGUAAAACUUGCAUCUCCUUCCUGGAGGCAAACCGGCCUAUUCUCAACAAUGUCGAUGGCAGCACAUUCUUAAAAAUUCGGGACUUGCUUAUUGCGUGCAGCUCAUUGCUCUGGGUGAUGGGCGACCCCCUGACGCAGCCAGAAUUUCAAAUGGCGCCAGGCUUGUUACGUACCAUUCGCUGGGAACAAGAUCGCGAAAACUUGAACCUGGUCAGUUUAUCCCUGGACGGCGAAGCGACCGCUACCGUGGAGAGCAAUUUGGACGCAAUUUUCCGGGUCUUCGAACAUCAAUUCCUUGCUGGGCCUAAGAACACCAAUGCCGAGUAUCGCGUUCGGAAUCAAGUCAUUGAAACAAAUCAUCUUGUCAAGAACACAAACGCAAACACAGCGAUUGAUGCAAAGCUCUUGCGGCCAAAGCCAACCCUUUUCCAAUGGGACCAGAUUGGGCGACCUGUGCGAUUGACCAGUCCUCACCCAGGCGUCGAUAGCCUUGUGUGGAACACGGAUGAUAAUUAUGUCGAACAGCCACUGGCAGAAUAUGAAAUUGAGGUUGAUGUUCGCGCUGUUGGGCUCAACUUCAAGGAUCUGUUGGUGGCUAUGGGAGAAAUCGCGCAGCCAGGCUUUGGACACGAGGCAGCUGGCAUUGUGCGCAAUAUUGGAGCGUCUGUCAGUGGCUUGAAGCCUGGGGAUCGAGUCAUGUGUCUAGGUGAUCCUUCCCCUGGUAGAAUGGGCACGUUGCGCACCUACAGUCGCAUCCAUUCGGAUCUGGCGAUCAAGAUUCCUGAAAGUCUCAGCUUCGAAAUUGCCGCAGGACUACCGGUCAUCUAUGGAACAGUCAUCUAUUCCUUAGGUCAUAUUGCUCGGAUUCGCGCCGGUGAUAAGAUCCUGAUCCACGCUGCCGCUGGUGGUAUUGGGCAAGCUGCUAUUCAAUACGCAAAAGUCAAGGGAGCUGAGAUCUUUGUGACUCUGUCAAGCAUUGCCAAGAAAGAAUUCAUCAUGGAGACUUUCGGAAUUCCUGAAAACCACAUCUUCUCCAGUCGUGACUUGAGCUUCUCGCGAGGAAUUAAGCAUAUUUCCCCCGGUGGUGUUGAUAUCGUUCUCAACUCACUGAGCGGCGAGGCACUACGAGAAUCUUGGGCUUGCGUCGCACCGUUCGGUCGGUUCAUCGAAAUCGGAAAACUUGAUCUUCAAGCCGGGUCAAAGCUCGAUAUGACUCCAUUCCUCCACAAUGUCACCUUCGCCGGGGUUGACCUGAAUGCUUUGGCAGAAGAGCGCCCCGGAAUAUGCCAGGAUAUUUUGAAAGAAUUGAUGGUGUUGUGGUCGGCAGAAAGCAUUCGCGAAGCUCGACCCACACAAUCCCUUGGUUAUGGCCAACUCAAGGACGGAAUGCGUCUGUUGCAAACUGGAAAAAGCAUCGGAAAAAUCACGCUUGUUCCGGACUUGCAUCCCGUGUCGGCUAUGCCAGCUCCGCUCUCUCCUCUCGCGCUAGACGCCAAUGCAUCAUUCAUACUAGCAGGAGGUUUGGGUGGUAUCGGCCGUAGCAUUGCGGUGAGGCUGGCUACAAUGGGUGCAAAGCAUCUCGUUUUCCUUUCACGGUCCGCAACUGUGGCUGAAGAAGGUCAGAAAACAAUUGCGAACCUCAAGUCUUUGGGCUGUACCAGCCAUGUCUUCCAAUGUGAUAUUUCGGACAGCACCCGUCUGGCUGAAGUCUUCGCGGAGAUCAAGAGCAAGUUGCCACCAGUCAAGGGAUGCAUACAGUGCAGUUUUGUGCUGAGAGAUGGGGCAUUCCAUGCCAUGACCCACCAAGAUUGGCAGACCGCACUGGCUCCCAAGGUCUCCGGAUCUUGGAACCUUCACAACCUGCUGCCAGAUGUCGACUUCUUCUUGAUGCUGAGCUCUAUUACCGGCAUUGUGGGUAACCGAAGUCAAGCCAACUACAAUGCGGGCAACAAUUUCCAGGAUGCACUUGCCCGUUAUCGUGUCUCCAAGGGAAUGAACGGCACUAGCGUCAACCUCGGGGCCGUUGUUGGCAUUGGGUUUAUUGCUGAGAAUUCCGAAUAUGCUGGGAAACACACAUUCAAGGUUGCCAACCAGCAAAAUGAGGAAGAGGUGUUGACGACGGUUGAGUAUUUGAUCGAUGGUCGUUAUCACACCAACAUGACAGAAAAGACCGCGCAGCUUGUAUGCGGCCUACGAACUCCGGCUUCGUUCAGUAUCGGCGACGAAGAGGCACCCACUCACCUUACGUACCCCAUGUUCUCACAACUUCCACCAGCCAUUCCUAAGUCCGGAAUCGCCAUUGGAGCAGGUGAGGUUCAGUCUGUCACCCGUGUCCGAGAUCUUCUCCAGGCAGCUCCCACCCAAAAUGACGCUGCACAGAUCAUCAUCAAGGCUAUCCGGCACAAGCUGGCAGACUUGCUGAAUAUCUCCGAUGAUUCGUUCGAUGAUUCGCUCAAUGCUCGCGCAAAUGGAGUUGACUCGCUGAUCGAAAUGGAGUUCCGGACAUGGCUGGGCAAGGAGUUGGGCGCCACUGUCUCCUUGAAAGAUCUGGCGAAGGAUUUGACACAGCUAAGUGCAAGGAUCGCUUCACUGAGUUCAUUCACCAACUUCGGUUGA